CUGAUGCUUUUCUGUGCUUAGGGAACAACACAUGCCAUGUACAGCCUGCCAUGCAAGUGAAUGGCUGUACAUGGCCCUACUCUUGUAAACGUCAAUGCUUCAUUUCAGGAGUUUACAAGAGUACACCCCAGGGGUGGACUGACAACUCAUGGGGCCCCUGUGCAAUAGGGGAUCAUGGGGCCCCUGUGUCCUUGCCCAAACUCAAAAAAGCCUAUGAAAAAAGGUACCAGGGGCAUCUCAUGGGGCCCCCUACUGACCCCGGGCCCUCGGGCAGU